CGGAACUGCUCGUGCUGCUGUGUUGUCCAUCAGAACAACAACUCAGGUGAGCUCAGCUGUGCAUGAAGACUGUUAGACAGGUAGCUCGUGUGGCUCAGGCAGCCUGAUUGUGAGACAUGGAGCGCGUCAUGGGAGGAGGCGUACUUCAGCUGGUGUUAGUGAGUGCGGGGAUCUUGUUGCUUUAUCGAAUACUUGCCCGCCUCAGACCAGGAGCUGCUCUGCAGGAUGCUGUGGUCGUCAUCACGGGGGCCAGCUCUGGACUCGGGAAAGAGUGUGCUCGGGUCUUUCACGCUGCAGGCGCACGGCUGGUGCUGUGUGGACGAGAUGCAGCCCGUCUGCAGCAGGUGGUCCAGGAGCUCACAGCAAGCUCAACAAGCUCACAGCGGCAGACUUACACUCCCAGCACCGUCAUCUUCGACUUGUCCGACACAGACACAGUGGACCGAGCUGCAGAGGAGAUCCUGAAAUGUUACGGGCAAGUGGAUGUCCUCAUCAAUAACGCUGGAAUCAGUUACCGUGGCAACAUACUGGAUACCCUCCUUUCGGUGCAGCGGGAUGUUAUGGAAACAAAUUACUUUGGGCCCAUUGCUCUGACUCAAGCUCUCCUGCCCUCCAUGGUUCAGCGACGCAGCGGCCACAUCGUUGUCAUCAGCAGCGUCCAGGGCAAGAUAGCCAUUCCUUACAGAUCCGCCUAUGCCGCCUCAAAGCACGCCACCCAGGCCUACUUUGACUGCUUACGGGCCGAGAUCGAGCACUACGGGAUCCCAGUGACCGUGAUCAGUCCUGGGUACAUCCGAACCAGCCUGUCGGUGAACGCUGUCACAGGAGACGGCUCCAGUUAUGGAGUUUUGGAUAAAACCACAGCAACGGGUUGGGACCCUGAAGACGUGGCUCAGGCCGUUCUGAAGGCCGUCCGUCAGAGAAGCAAAGACGUUGUGUUGGCGGGACCUCUGCCCAAUCUGGCCAUUUAUCUCCGCACCAUGUGGCCUGCACUCUUCUUCAAACUCAUGUCCUCUCGCGCUCGCAAGGAGCAGAAACCCAAAGACGAGUGAAGCUGCAGCAGGCGACGACUACGAGGCUCAACACAAACGUUAGAGGCACAAGGACCAGAAAGUGAAAGUGACUGCUUCACAUGGAGGACAAAUGAGCAAGAGGUUUGAAUAGAUGCAGCUCCUCAGUUUAACAAACAAACCAGAAACCUGUUUGUUGUAAAAGGACGUAUGGUGAUCGACCAGACGGACC